AUAUUACUAUCUUGGUUCAAUUGGUGUCUUACAAGCGGUACCACAACACUUGCCUUAUCUCGUGGGUUAAACAACUACGUUGGAAAGUACGUGAUUGAAGACGCAAGACGAAAGAUUGAGCAAACGCAAAGGAAAAGAUGGGAGAGAAACAGUCAAGGAUUUGACUUAAAACUCUCACAGACUUGUGUCAAAAAUAAAACUCACAGAAUCAAUUUUGUUGAUUCCUUAGCAAGUCCAUCCGCAACUUAUUUGGUCUCUCUACAAUAAUGAUUGUUAGACUGGGUUAUAGUUUCACUGGGGCACAGAUGGGUGGUCUGCUUACAUACACUUGGAUAAUUCUGUCGUAUCUUUAAAUGGUAUCAGAAAGGUAAAUACGUGAAUGAAAUUUUUGAAUCUGGAAUUAGCUGCUGUCAACGACCAGCUUACCCCGAUCUACAAGAACCCCAGAAGCCAGUUUCAGAGGAGAAGUGCGUGAAUCACACACUCCGUUAAAGCUGGCGGAGACGACCCAGUUCGAAGCGCGUGCGGAGGCGCGUGAGAGUACAAAUCUUGGUCCGGAAUCAUGUACGCAUCGGUUUGGCAUCUCCGGUUGACUAGUGGUGGUCUCCUUAUCAUAGAGCCAUUUUUCCUAGAAGAAAAAUCCUCCAAACAGAAUCUGUAAGCCCUCUUUGGUCAGGUUUGAGACGACUCUGUUUAUUGCUAAUUUUUUUCUUGAUUCUGGAAACUGCGUAACCGAACUAGCCAAUACAGUUGGUAAAGAGUCUCAAUAUCAGAAAUUAUUGAAGUAACACACUUUUGCCAGGUUAGAUAGAACAUUUAUGUUUCAAAAGUGGCUCGCAUAUCUUUAUUGUUAUACAAGUGACCCAAAUGUACCCAUCCAAUAUGAAAAUAAAAUGGUGAAUGAUUUCAUUCCAAUUAUCUGGUGAAAUCAGAAAUUUUACUUGUUUAUUCUCUUUUGACGAAUGAUUGAACUACCAACAAACACAUCCAAUAAAAAAAUAAAAUGCACCUAUAGCACCUAACAUGGGGUUACUUCAGCAUGAAAGUAAGUAAAUUAAUUAACAAAUGUCAAACUCCUGGAAUUAUAUAAUUGCCUUGUAAUGCUUCAUACAAUGUGCUCAUUCUUCAAAGGAAGAAGAAAAAUCUAUGGAGGAAAACAAGUUUCUAUCAAGUCUAGUAAUUCUAAUACUUCUGUUGUCAUGUGCAAAUGCAACCAUGUCAGGGCCUAAACGGCCUAAAACUCACAAGCACUUCGUGCUAGUUCAUGGGGCUUGCCAUGGAGCCUGGUCUUGGUACAAAAUUAUGGCGUCAAUAAAAACUUCAGGGCAUAAUGUAACAGCUCUGGACUUGGGUGCUUCAGGGGUCAACCCGAAACAGGUCCUUGAAAUCCCACAUUUAUCAGAUUACUUUAGUCCGCUAAUGGAGUUCAUGGCUUCUCUUCCAGUAGAUGAAAAAGUUAUUCUUGUUGGACAUAGCCUUGGCGGAUUCGCCAUAUCUAAAGCCAUGGAAAGCUUUCCUGAAAAGAUUUCAGUUGCUAUAUUUGUCACUGCUCUAAUGCCUGGUCUAAUUCUCGAUGCAGCCACCGUCUUUAAUGAGUCGUCCAGUGGAGCAAUAUCUAAACUUGAUAAUCGUCUAACAUUCGAUAAUGGACUUGCCAAUCCUCCAACAACCUUCAUCUUUGGUCCGAAAUACUUGGCGAGUUAUCUUUAUCCACUGAGCCCAAUUCAGGACUGGGCACUGGCUACUACAUUAGUAAGGCCAAUUUAUUUUCACAGUUUGGAUGAAAUAUCAAAGGAGAUAGUUCUUUCAAACAAAAAUUAUGGAUCAGUUAGACGAGCGUACAUUGUGGCAGCUGAAGAUAAAAUUCUAAAGAAGGAAUUUCAACAGUUAAUGAUUGAAAAGAAUCCGCCUGAUCAAGUGGAAGAGAUUUUAGGAUCUGAUCACAUGCCCAUGGUGUCUAAGCCCCUUCAACUUUUUACUCUUCUUAUGCGUAUUGCCAAUAAAUGACAAACUAUCUUCAUAGCUUAAACUAGCUUGUAUUACAUAUUCAUGAAUAAUGCAUAGUUCAAAUAAAAAUUAGAUUACCCUUU